CUAAAAUUCUUCUUUUGUAGGUAACAAGAUUGAAGCUAAGGUCGUUCAAGAAGACAUCGCUUACGUGCCGUUUUAUGAGCUACAACAACGACCAUUGCUGUCAGGGCAGCCACUAACUCUUACCAUUGCAGAAUUCUGCUUACUGCUACUACUGUUGCUUCUGCUGCAGCAAUUUGGUAAUGGAUUUAUGGAUUACUAAGGAAGGUAUUUAUAAAGUGUUUGGUUAGAUAGAUAGAUUAUAGUUUAUGUGCUUUGACUUAUUGCUGCUAAGUAGGUUUGUGUUUUCUAUACAUUACUUGAUCUUGUCUCUUCCUUUUGAUUGAAUAACAAUUGUUUGGGAUACCCAUUGAUCUUACUUGUUAAUCUCUUUCUUUUGAUAGAAUACCUAUUUAUUUAAUAUUCAUUUUGUUCAUUACUUCGCUUCUAUUCAAAGUAUUGGAUAAUUGCUUCACGUUUGAGUGACACAUUCUGUGAUGAUCUAUUGAUUUGCAACAUAAUCGUGAGAGGAGGUUUGCAAGUUAGAAGAACUUAGUUGACGUUACAAUUAGCUUCCCUUAUAAUUGAGAGCGAGAACAUUAUGAGUCUUAUGAGCUUUUAGGAGUUACUAAUCUAGGAUUGACGCCCCUAGUGUCUGUAAUCUACUUUGUGCCGCAUGGGCAAUAGUUAUGUGACUCUGAAGUGCGGAUUUCUGGAAGGGAGCGUGUACUGCACUAUUGGUAUAUCACAAACCCCUAGGUCCAGAGGAUUCGCUAGAUCACAGGGUCUAGGAGAUCGUGAAACCUUCAGAACUCGGUCGUUGGACACACACCUUUCCGCUUCAAAACCUCAACCCACUACUCUAUUAGCUAGUAUAGAGAAGCAAAGGAUCGAUCCCACGAGGGCGAAUGAGUUAGCAUGCAUUUGGAGGGUUUUGGGAGGGGUUGGCUGUUGUCAUGCAACAAGUGGGUCGAGAAUUUUAAACUACUGGGUCACGAGAAUUAAAAGCGCUUCAAGUACUAGACCUAAGAAGAGAGAAACACAAACGCAUUCAUGAUUCGAAACUUGAAAUUAACUACAGAGGGUUUAUCAAACUACUGGGUCAAGUAAAAAAGUUUCCUAAAACGGUGAGACAACAAAGCAAGAAAAAAUAACAUAACAGAUUUCCCGAAUUAGCUAACAAUAGAAAAAGCUGCAAAAAGCAAACAAACAACGGGUCUAACUACCAAAGAUCUUCAUCUUCUUCAGCAAAUAAACAUGAGCAUGAACAAAACAGAGCAAACUCAGAUCGAACGUCAAUCAUUAUGAUUAAGUAGAAAACUAUCAGAUCUAAGUUACCAGGUCAAGUAAAUCGAAAGCAAUAGACAUAGCCAUGCAGAUCCAACAAGUACGUAUCAGAUUCAUCUCUCGAAACCACAAUCUACUCCAGAUCCAGCCAAUCCAAACUCAACAACAUUCAGAUCCAUCUCCUUCAACUCCGAUUCAAACAAUUCCUCAACAAACAAACUUAGAUUCAACCAAUCUCAACUCAAAUUCAACAGUCAAUUGCAAAAAACAUCCAAAAUCAGUAAAACCCACAUCAAACAUCAAAAACCAAAGUAUAACAGAAAAUAGAAACUGCCAUAACCACGGAAAUAAGAUCCAUAACACAAAAGCAGUCACCGAGCUCCCGGCAAGGAAGUUCACGGCUAGAAUAAACGACAGAAAAUAAAAAUAAAUUGUAUCUUCGCCCUCGUGAGGACGGUGUUACACCACAGAAACUAACUAUCGCCAAGCCUGCCCAAAAUCUCCCAUCGGUGCCAAGUGCGUGUGAAGUGAACUAAGACUAAAGAAUGAAACUAAGGAGACUAAGAGUGAAAGAUAAAAGUGAUCAAAAAGCUCUAUUCUUCAAAAGGGGUCGUCCCUUUAUAUAGGCACGAAUCCCUAGGGCACUCCUUCUUCAUAAUUUUUCUUUUUAGCCCUUGAUCCUUGCUCCAUUUUUUGUAUUCUGCCAGCGUUUCUUUUCAUUUCCUCGGUUUGGUAAAUUGCUGGCGUUUUUCACUUCAUUUUCCUCCUUUUCCUCUGCCCCUGGUAAUUUGUCUGCCCUUCUUGGGUUCGGCAGAUUUUUCACGCACCUGAACUUACAAACACUUAUUAGUCCACUGAAUUUACAGAAUUUAUACACAUAACCAAUGCAUGAAAUGAGCCUUAUCAGACUCGUUCUAGUGAAGUAUGAAUUGUGUUAGGGUAUCGUAGUUGGAAUUUGUAUAACCAUAACUGCACAUUUAUGGAAUUCCAUUACCUCAUUUGAUUAUUCUCUGUGAUUUUAUGUGCAUCUAUUACUUGUUUUAUUGUUUUUAAAAAUUUUAUUUUCAAAAACCCAAUUUCUUUGUUCCUCCAAAUAGUAUAAGAAGCCUAUUAGAAGGUAAACAAUUUUCUGUGGUUGAUACCCGAUACUGACUAUUAGUUAUACUAUAUAUACUCUGUAUACUUGCAGAUUUAUUUAGUGCUAAUAAAAUGUGCAUCACUCAACAACGAAGAUUAUGUUUUUUGGACCGAAGUAUUAUUAUGUUUUUGUAAAUUUUGGUGAUAAGAAUAGGGUAAAUUGCCUAAAAAGUCACAAACAUUGGGGAAAGUUUGGUUUUUCCCACAAACUAUAAAAGUUGCGCCUAAAGUCACGAACUUUAUCGGAUCGUGCAUAUUUCCCAAACUACCCGACCUGGUGGCAUAUUUCCAUUAAAAACUUAUCCCACGUGGCAUGCCGAAGGCAUGACUUGGCAAAAUUUCUGGCUUAACCCUAAACUCAGGUAAUAUAACCUCUUUUUGGCUGAUUUUAAAAGAGCAACCCCAAUUCAAUCGACGGAAAACGUAAUCGACAAGAGUGAAAUCGUCGACAAACCGGUUUAGGGACGAAAUCAGUGACGUGUAAAGAAGAUUCAAUAAAAAAAGCAUAAAACAAAGAUGUUUUGUGCCCAGUCAAAAAUUUUGCCAAGUCACGCCUCCGCCAUGCCACGUGGGAUAAGUUUUUAACUGAAAUAUGUCGUCAGGUCGGUAGUUUAGGAAAUUUGCACGAUCCGAUAAAGUUCGUGACUUUAGGCGCAACUUUUAUAGUUUGUGGGAAAGCCAAACUUUUCCCAAAGUUUGUGACUUUUUAGGCAAUUUUCCCAUAAGAAUAAUGGACAUGCUGUGAUAAAAUUUUCAAGCUAUCACUUAUGGGCCUGGUAGAAGCCCAAAAUAUGCACAAAAACCGAAAACCCAUUUAUAGCCCAAUAAUCAACCCAUAAACCUUAUGCCCAGUCCGUUUAAAGCCCAAUUCCCGAUUAUCUUGUUGGCGGAUCCAAUCUGCGUUGAAUUACUCGGAUGGAAACCGGAGCUGAUUGAUCUUGUGAGGGAUUUCAUCGAAAAUUCAGGCUUUUUGUUAGAUUCAUGGGAGAAAGGAUUGUUAUUACCGAUAUGGAUGCCCUUGCAGUUGAAAUGCCCAACACUAAACAGUUAAUCUCAUGGCAAGUAGCCUCCAAAUGCAUGGAGACAUUCUUGAGGAAUAUUCUAAGCUUGCAAUGCUUCUUCAAGCAGGAAUUCAUGCUGCUUGGGUAUAGGAUUGGACAGAUUUGAGAACUCGGUGUAAAGAGCUGCAUUUGUUGAUGCCAUUCUUAUAACAGCAUGACCAAUAGAAGGCUUCACUGAGAGCUUAGGACCUCUACCGUAGAAGAUAAUCAAGAAGGCGAAGUCGCGGGAACUUUAUGAAACAAAUCGUGUCAAACGAAUAGUAAUGUCCGUUGUGACGUGUUUGCCAGUGAUUUGCUACUACCACGUUGCACUCGGUAUUAUGAGUGAUUCAAAAGGAGCCGUUACAACUUGCAAAGUUGACCGCUGAGGAGAUAAGUUGGGAUUGCUUCAUUCUUCCUUUCAUUUUCCUUUUCUGGUUCAAGAUAUACGCAUAUUUGACUUUCCAUCACCUAUCUGCGGCACAAUUUAGUCUAUUACAGAAGAACGAAAACAAGGAGGCUAAAGACUGUUGUUGUCAUGUCUGAGAUUGGGAACGAGUUCGCCCAUUUGCGGUCUGACUAUGUGCCACCAAUUGGACACAUUGAAGAAGUUAUAAUAAACAUUUUGUCCAGGCUUCCUGUGAAAACAGUUGUAGCGUGCAAAUGUGUUGCCAAACAUUGGUUGAAAUUGAUAUCUGAACCACAAUUUCCUCAUUUGCAACUAAACUGGUCGAAGAAAAAACCAAAAUAUAUCAUAUGUCCUUAUCCUGAGGACUAUGAUACGAUCAAUCAUCUAUGUCUACUGGAGGGAAAUGGGAAAAUCAUUGAAGAUGUCCCCCUUUUUGGUUUUGACGAAGUUUGCUCGCCUGAGAUGACUUGUUUCUUGAAUGGUCUCAUAUGCAGUGUGAAUGAAGAUAGUGAUGGUCUGAAUGAUGUGGACAUCAAUAUUUUCAACCCGAUUACUCGUGACUCCAUAGUACUUCCUAGAGGAAGUCCCUCGGUAGUUAUCCCAUCGGUUGGGAUUGGUUUUGACCCCAAGAGUAAUGACUUCAAAGCAUUUCGCUUCUUCUCGGAUUCAUCUAAAGGGGAAGAUGUUAAAUAUAAGUGUGAGGUAUACACCUCUGGUUCUACAGCGUGGCGAAGAAUUUCUGAGGAUGUGCAACGGCCCCAGAGUAGUCCCAUUAACCCAUUCUGCCCUUACUAUGCUAGUAUAGCUGGAACAGUUUACUGGUUUGUAUGGUCACAAGAUCAACCUGGGACUCCUGUUCGUAUUCUCUCAGUUGACAUGAACGACAGCUUCACCGAGAUCAGCCUGCCCACCCCUCUUAAUGAGUGGAGUUUCUUGACUGAAAUAGAGGGCUGCUUGUCAGUGGUUCACUUUAGUAAUCCAGAAACAUAUGCACUGAACCAAUAUCAAGAUCCUUAUCUUGAGGUAUAUAAAUUGGAGAACUCCCGGUGGCACUUGAGAUCUAAGUCCACCAUAGAUCUGAUCAACGUCCACAGCAUCAACUCAGUUGCUGCAAGGGAUACUGAAAUAUUCUUCAUCGUUAAACAUGAUGAUGAAUCCAUCUGCUACCUCAUCUUCGAUUUUGUGGAAGAAUCCUUCACGACACUUGAUCUGGAUGAGCAAUUUGAGGGUGAUUGUCCUGUUGCAUUUCCAUUCGUCGAAAGCCUCCUCAAGUGUAAGUAGUGGAGCUUAGGCGAGACAGUUUCUGGACUUCAGUUGCGGUGUUCGUCUUCCUUUAAGUUUGCAACUCUCUGCUUGGAAUAAUUUGCUGGUGGAAGGUGAAAUGGAAUAAGAGACUGAGGUUCCAGUAUUUGAAGCCCUUUCCUUUGUGUUGUGCGUUUAACGUUAAGAAUUUCUUAUAAACUGAAUAAUCUGCUUUUAAAUAUGAAUUUGAGACUUGCAACUAUGUGAUGGUAAGUUGUGAUGAAAUCUAGUUUUAUUUUGUAUCUGUUAA